CUCGAUUUUGAUUUUUAAAUAACAAUCGAAAAAUGGAAGAAUCAUUUAAUAUAAAAACAGAAAAUUUGGAACCUAAUCAAAUAUCAGAUAUGGAGAUGAAUUCUUCCACAAGUGAAUGUUUAGAAAGUGGGCAAGAUGAUAAUAAUAAUCAUCAUUCCAUUAAAAAAUUACCAGGAGUUACAAAUUUUAAUUGGAUAAUAAAGGAAUUCGAAAAGAAAAAUAAAAUUUUCAUGCGAUCGCAUACAUUUCGUAUUGAGGGAAAUCCUAAAAUGAAAUGGUAUCUUUUUCUGGAGAAAAAGAAACCCGCUUGUUCUUCGUGUGAAUUAAAUUUUAUUAAUGUUAAUCUUCAGAAUAUUUCCCUGGGAAAUAAUUUUUCAUCUGCAGUGAAAAUGAAAAUGUCACUAAGCUCAAAUUUUGAGGAGAAAACAUUCACAAGAAGUAUGAAAUUAACACGAAUAAAAUUGGGAGCAACGUAUACAUUUUAUGAUUCAAUGAAGGAGGAAGAAUUUAUUAAACUCACUCAACCAACCGGUUGUUUAAAUGUGAGCCUAACAGUCACUCCGCUGAAGCACAUUAAUAAAUCUAAAUCUGUCAAUAAAACGAAAACUUGCUCAAUAAUUGAGAAAAGUUUCGAAUCCUUUUUUAACAAUACGUCUUUAAGUGAUGUAACAUUUAAAAUUCAAGGACGUCAAUUUUCGGUCCAUAGGAUUAUUCUCGCUUCGGUUAGUUCGGUUUUCAUGAAAAUGUUUUCCAGCAAUGAGACGAACACAAACUUGAACGUCAUCGAAAUGAAUGACGUUGAUCCGGAAGUGUUCAAGGAAUUAUUACGAUUUAUUUACACUGGUCUUGUGGUGGAUUUAGAAAGCAUGGUGUUCGGUCUUUACGAGUUGGCGUAUAAAUAUAAUAUUCCUCUUUUGCUAUCAAAGUGUGAAAAAUGUCUUUCUAAUUCACUGUCCAUUGAGACCGUCAUCUACAUAUUGCAACUGGCCAAUUGUCACAAGUCGAAAAAUUUAAAAGACAAAUGUAUCAAAUAUAUUGAUGAACAUUUCGAACAAGUUAAGAAAACGGAACCUUUCCAAACUCUCGAGAGAGAAUUAUUGAUGGACAUACUGUGUGGAACGCGAACUACGAAGAAAUGAAUUUCGCAAAUUAUUUUUUUUCACUACUUUAUUUUGACUUUAAAAAAAUUUAA